CCCAUUGAUAAUCCGUCCCCUUAAACACCAUACAACAACUGAACGACAGUAGAGAGCUCCUCCUGUCGUCUUACUUUACAAUGGCUACUCCGCAAGCUCACCAUCUCUUUCAUAACCCCAUUGCUGACCACUCGUUCUCGUCGGACAAGCAAACGCUUGCCGUUGCGCGGGACAGCAAUGUGGAGCUCUACCAGACAGCAGGCAACAAGUUCUCCUUGACUGAUGAGCUGAAAGGCCAUGAGAAGACUGUUACCAGCGUUGAUAUCGCUCCUAACAGUGGAAAAAUUGUUACUUGCUCUCAAGACCGGAACGCAUACGUCUGGGAACAAACUCCUUCUGGUUGGAAGCCGACAUUGGUUCUUCUUCGGAUCAACAGGGCCGCGACGUUUGUGCGGUGGUCUCCGUCUGAGCGCAAGUUCGCUGUUGGUUCAGGAGCCCGUGUGAUCUCGGUUUGCUAUUUUGAAGAGGAGAACGACUGGUGGAUUUCGAAGCACUUGAAGAAGCCAAUUAGGAGCACCAUCACUACUCUUGCUUGGCAUCCGAACUCUGUGCUUCUCGCUGCUGGAUCGACCGAUUCCCAUGCUAGAGUUCUCUCGGGCUUUAUUAAGGGAGUUGACACUCGCCCAGAGCCAAGCGCCUGGGGAGAGCGUCUCCCGUUCAAUACCAUCUGCGGCGAAUUCCUGAACGAUUCAGCCGGAUGGAUUCAUGGCGUGGGCUUCUCACCCAGUGGAGAUGCUCUCGCUUUUACUGGCCAUGACAGCAGUAUCACGGUCGUGUACCCGAGUGCUCCGGAACAGCCUCCUCGAGCGAUGCUGAACAUUCCCACCCGACUUUUGCCGUUCAACUGCCUUAUCUGGAACGGGGAGAAUGAAAUUAUUGCCGCCGGUCAUGACUGCGAGCCGUAUCGCUUCCAGGGCGAUGAGAGUGGAUGGAACCUCACUGGACCAAUUGAGAGCAAAUCUGGAGGAGGCGCUGGGAGCGUUCGAGAGGACACUGCUCUCAACAUGUUCCGUCAGAUGGAUCUUAAGGGCCAGACGCAGGCUGAUACCCAGCUUAAAACGACUCAUCAGAACACCAUCAGCACGAUCCGAGCUUAUGAGGAUACGAACGGUGCUGUCAGCAAGUUUAGCACUAGCGGAGUUGAUGGCCGUGUGGUCAUUUGGUCUAUUUAAGCCCGAGCGUAUUAAACGCGAUUGUGGUCAGUGGCCGCUGAAAGAGACAAGAUACUUUCUGCUAUACCAAAGAAUAUACAUAGAUUUGAGUAGCACAUACAAGGCUUAUUCUGAUGCACAA